UUGAUCAUUCCAACACUCUCUGAUUCGUUUACUCGAAAGAAAUGGAAGUAAUUUAAAAAAAGAAAGAAGUAAUGUAGGGUAAAGGAUUAAUGAAACGACAUAGACAAUGCUUAGUGGAGAUUCUCAAAAUGUGUGAUUUCAAAUUCAAACGCAUGUUUGUAUAAACAAAAUGGAAGAUCUAUCAAGUCGAUUGUACUAUUCUGUGGUCGAUGACAAUGCUAAUGAACUUCGGAGACUUAUAGAAAAUGGAGCCGAUGUGAAUCAGAUUUUCGAAGAUUCUGAUAGAAUCAGUACAAAAACUAUUUUACAUAUCGCAAGUGAAAAAGGGAGACUAGAUUGUGUGAAAGUUCUUCUGGAAAAUGGUGCCUCGGUUAAUGUUCGAGAUCCAUGGGGUAGUACGCCACUUAGAUUCUGCAUAAACGCAGAAAAUGAAAAAAUAGCUGAACUUUUGAUUAGACAAGACAAUGACAUUGCCGAUUCCAAGGACAAAUAUGGAAAAUCGGUUUUACAUGCUGCAGUAGAAGAAGGGUCAGAAAAGUUUGUGAAUCUGUUUCUUCGCAAUGGCGCUGAUGUUGAUAUAACCACAGACGUCGGGGUAACUCCUCUGAUGACAUUGAUGACGACGAAAGGACUUGAUAAUUACUUUGUCAUCAUGAAAAUACUAGUUAAUGCAGGUGCUGAUAUCCAUGCUCAUGAUUUUAGAGAUAGAAGAACAGCAUUGCAUCUAGCUGCUAUCACAAAGAAGGUAGAUGCGGUCGAACUGUUGCUUAAUCUCAAAGCUGAUCCAAAUGAACUGGAUAAAGGUUUAAAAAGCCCACUAACCAACUUAAUGUGUCAUCAUAUUUCACUGAGAGGUCGAACAAUUGCGGACAUACAAGAUGACGUCAUGACUAUAGUUGUUCUCUUGACUCAAGCAGGAUCCAAUUUGAACAAUAAUAAGACAGAAUUCGCAAGUCCUUUGAUAGUAGCAGUUUAUCUGAAAUGUUCACAAUUGGUACGCUUUUUUCUUGAUAGUGGUGCAAAUGUCGAUCUCAAAUUGCCUUUUUCUGGAGUGACGCCACUUUUGAUUGCUGUAAAGCAAAACGACAUCGAUUCUAUAAAAGCGUUGAUAGAUUGGAAUUGCCGACUUGAUAUCGUUGGAAGAUGUCGUAUUCGUGGAGAUGACCAUGAACUUGAUCCAUUUGAACUUGCCAUCGACCAAGCAUGUUGGGAUAUUGUUGAAAUGCUGUUGUUGGCUGGAUAUAAUACGUCUAAACAUUUGUAUCUUCGAGAUUUCGAUUCUGAUGCUGUUAGUCCAUGUACUUUGAAAGAUAAUCCUGAUAUGUUGAAUGUAUUACGGUUGACUGCUUCGAAAACCAACACGUUAAUGAAAUGUUGCGCAUUAGCGAUUAACAAAGCUUUAAAAUCAAACAUUUCAUGCAAAAUAGAUGCACUACCUCUGCCUAUUAGUAUAAGAGAUUACCUAAAAAAUCAAUGAUAACUACAUAUAUAUAUAUG